UUCGCUUUAACAGCCGGUUGUAAUGUCUGCUCAUUCACCGCCUUUACAAUGACAUGUUGAAGAGUCGUGUGUUUUGUUAAGCCCCGUUUUUUCUGAACAAAAAUAAACAACAACAAUGUCGCUGUCAACAGCACGUUCAUUCUUGUCGGAGGCGUGUUAUGGCGAGCAAGAACUGGACGCCAACUCGGCUCUCUUGGAGCUGGACAAAGGGUUGCGGUCGGUGAAGCUGGGGGAGCAGUGUGAGGCUGUGGUGCUCUUCCCCAAACUCUUCCAGAAGUAUCCUUUCCCCAUCCUCAUCAACUCUGCUUUCCUCAAACUAGCUGACAUCUUCAGACUUGGGAACAAUUUCCUGCGCCUCUGUGUGCUGAAAGUAACUCAACAGAGUGAGAAACAUCUGGAAAAGAUCCUCAAUGUGGAUGAAUUUGUCAAACGAGUGUUUUCAGUCAUCCACAGCAACGACCCCGUGGCCAGAGCCAUCACUCUGAGGAUGCUCGGUAGUUUGGCCUCCAUCAUCCCAGAGAGGAAGAACGCCCACCACAGUAUCCGCCAAAGCCUGGACUCUCAUGACAAUGUAGAAGUAGAAGCUGCCAUAUUUGCUGCUGCAAGCUUCUCUGCACAGUCAAAAGACUUUGCUGCUGGGAUUUGCAACAAAGUCAGUGAGAUGAUACAAGCUUUGGACACUCCAGUGGAGCUGAAGCUGAAGUUGAUCCCCAUGCUGCAGCACAUGCACCAUGAUUCCAGCUUGGCCUCCAGCAGCAGAGAGCUUCUGCAGCACCUGGUCAGCUCUUAUCCUUCCACCCCCAUGGUCAUCGUCAGCCUGCACACCUUCACCCAGCUCGCUGCCUCCUCCCUUGUUGAUAUUCCAAAGCAGUUGCAGCUCCUCCUUCAAUACCUGAAAGACGACCCAAGAAAAGCCGUGAAGAGACUCGCAAUCAAUGACCUGAAGCUCCUGGCUAAGAAGGCUCCUCACCUGUGGAUCAGAGAGAACACUCAGACCCUGUGUGAGUGCGCCCUGAGCAGCCCAUACAACAGUUUGAAGCUGGGGAUGUUGGCUGUCCUCUCCACCCUCUCUGGAACUAUUGCAAUCAAGCAGUACUUUAACAACAUGACAGGUGGCUCCUCGGUUCCCCCCCGCCUCACUGACCUGGUUAAACUAGCACAAGAAUGCUGUUACCACAGCAACCUGGCAGUGGCUGCUCACGGGGUCAUAGUGCUCUCCAACAUCGCCAUUUCCUGUCCAGAAAAAGAUAUAGUCCAGCUGGAGCAGGACACCGUGUUGGGAGUCGAGUCCCUUCUGAUGCUCUGCAGUCAGGACAGCAGCUCCAGUGCACAGGCAACACUUAAAACUGCCCUCACCUCAUUGGUCAAACUGCUUAAAAGUCGACCCCACCUCAGCCAAUCAGCCGUGGAAUUCCUGCUCGGUCAGCUGCACUUAUCCUGCGACUCCUCGCGCGUUCUCGUGUGCCACGCUCUGGCGGCCAUCGCCACCCACCUGCCUGUGCUGGGCGACGGCAUGCUGGGAGAUUUGGUGGACCUGUAUAGAGUGGCCAGUCACUCGUCCACAGACAAGCAGCAGGAGCUUCUGGUUUCCUUGGCAACAGUCAUUUUUGUUGCCAGCCAGUCGUCUCUGUCAGCUGAAGUGAAGACUGUCAUCAAACAGCAGCUGGAGAACGGUGCUAAUGGCUGGACAGUGUAUCGCAUCGCAAGGCAGGCCUCACGCAUGGGAUGCCAUGAGUUCUCCAGCGAGCUGUACCAGAGUCUGCGGACCCGCGUGGCGUCGGAGCACUUUUACUUCUGGCUGAACAGCCUGAAGGAGUUUUCCCAAGCGGAGCAGUGCCUGAGUCAUGUGGAGGACGGAGACUACAGUGGAGCCAUGAGCGCCAUCGCCGAGGCCCUGCGCUCCUACCAAAAGGGCAUCGCCUCCCUCACGGCUGCCAGCACUCCCUUGAGCCCGCUUACAUUUCAGUGUGAGUUCAUUAAGCUCAGGAUAGACACCCUGCAGGCUCUGUCUCAGCUCAUCUGUACCUGCAACAGCUUGAAAACCAGCCCUCCCCCCGCAAUCGCCACCACCGUCGGCCUCGCAGGCAACGACCUGCAGCGGUGCGGACGCAUCUCCAUGCAGAUGAAGGUGUGCAUGGAUGAGUUCAGAAGUCUUGCAGCUCGCUACUCUGAAUUACACCAAUCGUCCUUUGAUGCUGAUUACGCCACUCUUCGAAAUGUGGAGCUACAACAACAGAGCUGUUUGCUUGUCUCACACGUUAUAGAAGCGCUGAUACUGGACCCACAGGCAGCCAGUUUCCAGGAGUAUGGCACCCUGGGGUCGGUUCAGACAGAGAGUGAAUAUGAGCGACGGAUGAUGUCAGUCUUCAGCCGCGUGUUGGAGGAAGUGGAGGGCCUCACAAAGAAACACCCUCCUGUGUCAUGCCUGCACACAGGAUGCCUCUGUGAUGCCGUCAUAGCUUUGCUGAAGGUUCCGCUGUCUUUCCAGAGAUAUUUCUUCCAAAAGCUCCAGUCAACAAGCAUCAAGCUCGCCCUCUCUCCCUCCCCACGAACGCCGAGCGAACCGAUCCCGGUGCAGAACAGCCAGCAGCUGACCCUGAAGGUGGAGGGGGUGGUGCAGCACGGUUCAACUCCAGGACUCUUCCGAAAGAUUCACUCCGUCUGUCUCAAUGUGACUUCGGUUCUCCAGAGCAAGACAGGGCCUGAGUACAAGAUUCCACUCGAUACCAAAACUAAUGAGAUCGAGCAACGUGUAGAACCCCACAACGACUACUUCAGCACCCAGUUUUUGCUGAAUUUCUCCGUCUUGGGCACCCACACCGUCACUGUGGAGGCUUCUGUGGUGGAUGAGAGCGGGAUCGAGUGGAAGACUGGGCCCAAGACGACUGUGUCUGUCAAAUCCAUGGAGGAUCCAUACUCCCAGCAGCUCCGCCAUCAACUGCAGCAGGGAGGAUCUCAGCCAGCGCCACAGAGGAGUGCAUACGCCCGCUUCUAGUGAAUGCCUUUAUCUUCGAGAACAGUCUUAGCUUCAGUUCUGUGAGCUGUUUUGUCUAGUUGAAACUGAAUUUGUACAUACUUUUUCAAUUAUUAAAAAGCCAGAUUUAAUUUUAA